UUCAAAUAUUGGCAUGUAAUUGCGCAAAUAAAUUAUAUUAAAUUGAAAUUAGAUUAAUAUAGAAUUAAAAAUGUAUAAAAGGCUCGUUAAAUUUUCCAGUUACACCGCUUUGUCAAAAAAUGUUAAAUUAUAUCCAUCUCAACCCACUGAUACAAAACUGUAUCACUCUUUAUCAAGCAAAGGUUCUAAUAUAAAUCUGGCAAAAUUACAAACCCCAUUAUUUAGAAAUAUGUUCAUCCAAACCCAAGAUACUCCAAACCCAAACAGUCUUAAAUUUUUCCCCGGAGUAGAAAUAUUAAAACCAGGCCACACGAUGGAUUUCCCUACAGCCAACGAAGCCUUCUGCAGCCCACUAGGUAAAUUAUUGUUUCGAAUUGAGGGAGUUAAGAGUGUAUUUUUUGGACACGACUUUAUAACAAUAACUAAAUUGAAUGAAGAUGUUGAAUGGAAAGUACUUAAACCUGAAUUAUUUGCUACUAUAAUGGAUUUCUUUGCAAGUGGUCUACCAGUUUUAACAGAAGCAAAACCUUCAUCUGAUACACAAAUUAAUGAAGAGGACUCAGAGACUGUUAUGAUGAUCAAAGAGUUACUAGACACUCGGAUUAGACCGACUGUUCAAGAAGAUGGUGGUGAUAUAAUAUUUAUGGGUUUCAAAGAUGGAGUGGUAAGUUUAAAAAUGCAAGGCUCAUGCUCAACAUGUCCAAGUUCUGUCGUCACUUUGAAGAACGGUGUUCAAAAUAUGCUACAAUUUUAUAUACCCGAGGUAGUACGAGUUGAAGAAGUUAAAGGACCAGAAGAUGUUGUGUCAGAAAUGCAGUUUAAAACGUUGGAGGCAAAAAUUGAGAAUAAAUAUGAAAGUAAAAAAAUAAUUGACUAAUAGAACUAGUCAAAUUUACAGCUUUAAUCAUUUCAGA